AGACAACCAGAAGAGAAGCUUUCCUUCUCUGAGUCCAAGGUUUUGUCGUAUGGCGUCUGCGGCUCUCUUCGCUUCCCCAAAACCCUCAACUCUUCUUCCCAAGCGCGAAGAAGCUAAGGGAAGAGACGCGAUCUAUGUAGCGGCCGUGCCCCUUAGGGCUCCUCGCGGUCCAGCACAGAUGCUUGUGUCGACUGCUUACGCUCUCGGAGCCUGGGAUUUGCAGCACUUCAUGGUCAUCGUUAAACCCAGCUGUCCUCAUCCUCAGGCAUUCGUCUAUGACUUCCAACCACAAGAUCCUGAGAAUUUUGAUGUAAUGCUUUCAGCUCUUUUUAGUGGACAAGUUGCAGGAGUGGUUUUGAAAAGGUCACUGAAAAGGAUACCAAAGAUAAGGUGCUGGUUUGUUGGAUUUUGUAAUGUCAAUGGUAUUGAAGCGGCUAACAAUUUCAGUGAAGAGUGGUCCACUCAAUUGGUAGUUGGCAAGCAUGACUGUCGCCAUUACACCAACAGACUGGUUGAGCACCUAACUGGAAAACAGAGUGUUCUAGGGUACCUGCGGCCCUCCUUCAAUGGCUGAAAAAUCCAGCAUAAUUUGGUAAGUUUUUAUUUAUUAUUUUUAUUAUUAUUAUUUUAAUGGUUUAAAGGCACGAGUUUCAAUCUUUUCUAACUCAGGGUGCUCUCCUAACUUGAACUUUUAUGGCAAGCAAUGCAAAUGGUUUUUUUAUCUCGAAGAUUUACAUACAUACCACUCAAUUCUUUAUCUAUUUACAUAU